AUGAUUGAUGACAACAAGAUGACGCACGCCUCAGACUUCAUUUCUUUUUUAAAACAAACUUGUGGUUUCUGUUUUCUUUUGUUGUUUCAUCUGCUCUGCAAACAAUUUUCGCAACGACCAGCUACUCCAGCCUUCACGCGCUGCAGAGGGGCUCAAAGCGAAGGGAAGGACGGUCGGGGGCGCGAAGUCCACGGCCAGGUUUUUGGCCUCGCGAUGGCGCUCAAGAUCACAUGCCGACCACUCAAGGGCGAUAUGUUUGUGGUGGAGGUGAACGAAGAGGCCACGGUGGCUGAUCUCAAAACGUCCAUCUGCGAGAAGCAUUCGGAGAUGUUGGUGGAGCAACAGAAGCUCAUCCACCAAGGGAAGAUCCUGGAUGAUAAGACCUUGGUCAAGGACGUGGGCAUCAAGGAGGGCGAGUUUGUGGUCGUGAUGGUCGCCAAGGCCAAGCCUCCGGCCACCCCUGCACCCGCAGCCACCCCUGCACCGGCGGCCACGCCGAGCCCGGCACCAGCAGCAGGCACACCAGCCCCUGCGCCCGGGGUCAACACUGGAGCGGCCGCGGCCGCCACAGUGGUGAGCGGCGCCGCGGCCGAGUCGACGGUGCAGCAGCUGAUGGAGAUGGGCUUCGAGCGAGCACAAGUGGAGCGCUGCCUCCAGGCGGCCUUCGGAAAUCCUGACCGGGCGGUGGAGUACCUCAUGAGUGGCAUCCCCGCGGGGCUGAUGGCAGAGGAACCUGCAGCUGGUGCGCCAGCGGGUGGUGAUGUGCCAAUGGAAGGAGGCGGAGGUGGAGGCGGUGGCCCCGCCAUGACUGGAGCCUUCCCGGCGAUGCCACCGCCCGGUGCUGGCGGUGGGGGAGGCGGAGAUGGCGGCGGCGGCGGCGCCACAGUGGCCGAGUUGGAAGAGCUGCGAAACCAUCCGCGCUUUGGCGAGCUGGCGGCAGCUGUGGCCGCCAACCCCCAGAUGCUUCCAGAUAUCUUGAUGGCCUUGGGGCAAUCGAAUCCUGGGCUAGUGCAAGUGAUCCGAGAAAAUCCAGAAGCUUUCAUGAGACUGCUCUCUGGCGCCGUUCCCGGCGGCGGUGGCGCGCCGCAAGAUCCCGUGGCAGCUAUGCUCGCUGCCGCCCAGGGGGGCGGUGGGGGCGGUGGGGGCGGUGGCGGCCCUCCUCCUGGGCAGCAGGUGGUGCGGUUGACUCCAGAAGAGGGCGAAGCUGUUCAGAGGCUCAUUGAGCUGGGCUUCGAUAGAUCGAUGGCCGUUCAAGCGUAUCUGGCCGGGACGCCCUGGAUCGACUCUGUCCCGCGCAGCCCUGCAGAUUGGACCCUGAACACCACCCAGGUGGUAUAG